GCUCGUAUUAAUUAAUGGCUUUUUACUCGGAAGUCUAGAACAAUCCUCGAUGGCUGGGAAUUCUGAUGCGGGGAUACGUAUUUGAUCUCCAAGAUUCUCUGGAGUAAACAUCGCACCCUACCUGUCGUCUACAAAGGAUGAUGCGCUACCUCUACGCUUCUGACACUGCAUAUCCGACACCGCCAUACAUUGCCUGAACGCUUGCGAACACUGCCCUUCCUAAGCAAUCACUCGCCCGAGUAUCGAAACUGGGGAACCGCAGGUACGUACCUGUGCUCUGGAAGGGUGAUUACCACGGGUUGUUGUCCAAGCCGUGACCAGCAUCAUCGUUUUCGACUGCAGAUCGCCUCACUGUUUGAAGAGAAAGUCCAAGUGCGCUUUCGUCUAGUCCUUCAAGAUGUCUGAUCAAGAUGAUGGAUUGAGACUGUUCAUAACCGAUAUCCUUAUCCUCUUCUCCAUCGGCUUCCUGUCCGUCCAGUUCUUCAAAUUCGUAUCAUGGAGCUAUAUAUACAUUCGCGCAUCCACCCUCCCUAGAUACCUCCCCCCACAAAAGAAGGUUCCAAACUGGUCUCUCGUCACCGGAGCCACCGAUGGUGUCGGCCUCGCCCUCGCGCACGAGCUCGCCUUGCACCGCAACUCCUCCGUCAUCAUCCACGGUCGCAACCCGACGAAGCUCGCGACCGUCGCCUCCUCGAUCAGGUCCCAGCUUCCGCCGAACUCGCCCAUCCGCAUCGAGACCGUGGCCGCGGACGUGGUGGAACCGAUCGCCGCCAGCCGCACGAUCGCGACGUUCCUCGAGGGGAAAAACAUCCGGAUCAGCCUGCUGGUCAACUGCGUCGGUGGGACGGUGAUGUUCGGGAGGAGAUAUGACGGCCUUGACGAGAUUAGCGAAGAGGCGGCUACGGGAAUCAUUAAUCUCAAUACCGUCUUUCCGGCGAUGUUGACUCGCGCUGUGAAGCCGCGGUUGGCUCGGCCGGCCUGCAUCAUUAACCUUGGAUCGUAUGCCGGGACCGCCGGGUUUCCAUUCCUCUCUUUCUACGCCGCCAGCAAAUCGUUCAACAUGACCUUCUCCACGUCCCUAAACCGGGAGAUGCAUGCACUGAACCAAGACAUUGAGGUCCUCGGCGUGGUGCUUGGGAGCGUCCGCACUGAGAGCUCCGGGCUGAUUACGAGAGACGCGUCAGGGAAAGUCGGACUGGAAUAUCCGGCGUUUUUCAUCCCGACGCCAGAGGAUAUGGCCAAUGCCAUCUUGGCUCGAGUGGGUUGUGGAAGGCACGUGGUGGUCGGUUAUCUUGGCCACGCGUUGCAGGCGAUACCGAUGGAAUGGCUACCUAACGCCCUGACGGAGGUGAUGGCGAUGGAGGCGACCUUGCGGAGGUGGAAAGCGGAGAGAAAAGGGGAAUAGACGGCUCAGAUACUGAGGACGUCGGAUGAUGAAUGGAGAAAUCCUUGUCCGUAAUGGAAAGGGAGUAGCUCCUUGGGAUUGAGGUCAAGACGGUACUAUGAGCGAGAGAAGAGUGGUUUCGGUCGAAUCUUCCAACGACUAAUUUCGAGGGGUUUCUAUACUAAAUUUGCUACCAACGCGAAGCUCAUACACGCAGGGAGGUAUGUUGGAGAAAUGGCUUCUCGGACUACCAUUUGAAUCCGUCUCCAUCAAUCUGCACUCGAAGAACGCCUUGUAUUUCAUUUAGAUAAGGCGUCGAGGACAACCUUGGUUGCCUCAAUAACCUUUUCCUCUUCGAGCCGUCUCGCCACGAGUUGCAAGCUAAUGGGCAUGCCAAGAACAGCUUGAGCAUCAU